CAAAGCAGGUAAAAUCCUUUUAGACGGUUUUGCUUUGCCCAGAAUUUAGAUUCUUUUCUCUCUCACUACAGUGAGUACAAAGCCAGCUUUUUUUUCCUCCUACCUACCUAGCUAGCUGCUACUACUACUGUCUCUUGUCCCCAUCAAUUUUUUUACCACUAGUAUUGUGUGUCACUAUUCAAACUCUUUAAGUGUAAUUGUGGAUCAAGAAAUCUAAAAAGGGGUCAUUUUUAUGUAACUACAUUUCUUGAUUUAUCCAAGGAACAAGACAAUUUUGAGUUGUGUGUGUUGAGGGGGUAUAUAAAGAGUUGAGGGGGAUCUAACAAUUAACAAUAUGCAACAGCAGCACCUGAUGCAGAUGCAGCCCAUUAUGGCAGCCUAUUAUCCCACUACUGAUCAUAUUCAACAGUUCCUAGAUGAGAACAAAUCACUAAUUCUGAAGAUUGUUGAAAGCCAAAACUCUGGGAAAAUAAGUGAAUGUGCAGAGUCACAAGCUAAACUUCAGAGAAAUCUUAUGUACCUUGCAGCUAUUGCUGAUUCACAGCCCCAGCCUCCUAGUAUGCAUUCACAGUUAGUUUCUGGUGGGAUGAUGCAGGGAGGGGCACAUUACCUGCAACAACAACAAGAAGCCCAUCAACUAACAACACAAUCGCUUAUGGAUGCAGCAAGAUCCUCCUCAAUGCUCUAUGGACAACAACAACAACAACAACAACAAGCAGCCUAUCAUAGCCAGCAACUAGGAAUGAGCAGCUCUGGUGGUGGAACCAGUGGUGGACUUCACAUGCUACAAAGUGAAAACACUCAUAGUGCUAGCAUGUCACUUGGUGGUGGCGAUGGUGGUGGUGGCUUCCCCGACUUUGGCAGAGGAUUAGGCAGUGGAAACAAGCUUGAAAUGGGAAGUUCUAUGUCUGAUCAAGGACGUGGCGGGAGCUCGACUGGUCAUGGUUGUGAUGGAGGUGAGAAUCUUUACUUGAAAUCUUCUGAAGAUGGGAAUUAAGUUUAUGUAUGUUAAGGUAAGAAUUAGAAGUUUUUUUCUUCUUAUUAUCAGUGAAGGAUUUUGAAGUUAAAAGAAGAGCAAUUAAGGAUUUUGUUAUCUAAUGUGUUGUGAAAAAAACACAAGUCUCUUCUGCUUUUGAACUUUUGGGCUAGUAUCAUCUCAAAUGUUUAAAACUUUACCCUUCUAAAUAUUAUGUAAAUUUGUUA